CACAUCUCUUAUUAACCGACACCUCACUCCACCGACAUUAAUUGGCAAUUCCCCAAUUCUCCAUACAUACCGUCUGGACUCUGAAGAAAGGAAACCCUAAACAGAUCGCCUCCAUCACAAUCCCAGAUCGCCUCCAUCUCCAUCCCAGAUCGCCUCCAUCACACGCCAUCCUCCCUACACCUCACAAACAACCGCCCUCUUAUAACAAAUACUCGAUGGAGGGAGCCAUCGGCGGCCAUCUCGCCGUUCAAUCAUCACGCCCAGAAAAUAAGAAGAGAAAAACGGAUGGUUCAUCACCAUCUUCUAAUCCUUCUCCUUAUGUCGUCCUCAUCCGUAUGCCUAUCUUUGAAAGGGACUGGAAGGUAAGGCGCAACUAUGAUAGGUGGUAUACCAUGAAGAUUCCUGCGGACGCCGUCGACGGUACAGAAGGGUCGAUCUCUGAAGUUUGGGCACAAUGGUGUCUAGAUGUGAAAUCUACCUUUGCAUUGGUAGGCUCCGAUCUAUACUGUUUUCGUGGCAUUCUCUUUAAUUAUACUGGUUUGGUUCAAAACAAUAUUUCCGAUGUACGGAAGGUAAACAUUUCUAAUCCCACUGAUCAUUGGAUCCAUGUUCCACCCUUGGAUUUUCCAAGAUGCUGUGCUCACAACUUAGUCGUAGGCGAUAAAUUAUAUGUCUUAAAUAAAUGUCCUUUUUCUCUGUGUUGGGGUGCUGAGGUUUAUGACCCCAUGACUGGAGUAUGGGAAUCAUUGCCUGAGCCUCCAUAUCGUAAGGCAUAUCAUAUUAUCUCUGCAGCUCUUGAGAAUCCAAACAGGAUUCUCGUUGCUACGCUUCCAUUUUUAGAUUAUGAAAGUGAAGAUGAAGAUGAAGAUGAAGAUAAACAUAAAGAUAUUUUUGCAAACUUCAUUAUGUACGACGUGCAGAAUUGUUGUUGGAAAAUUCUUGGCUCUGAACCUCGCAAGAUUCACCCGAAAUGUCCUUUGGGUGAAUUUGGAAAGGCUCUUGCGGUAGGAAAUUAUUUAUAUUGGAUUCUAGAUAAAGCUAACUUGCUGGCCUACAAUUUCGAGUCGGAUUUGUGGCUAACAGGGGAUUUGAAAGGUCUGAAUAUUUCGACCAAUAAACAUCUUGAUGCCAUUCUUCCUUGUUUGAUCCAUUUGGAGAAGAAAAGAUUCUGCGUUAUACACACCACUGAAAUUGAUCGCUAUACACCUGAGAGCUACGUUCAGUGCAUCCUAUUUGAUGUCUUUCAUAUGCCCGAGUUGAAGAGUGUGCGUAUAUCCUUUGUUUCCACCAUCAAAUAUAAGACGGCUCGGACCACUUCCGUCAGGGAUGCCUUUUUAAUGGGUAAGUAGAUUUGGAGAAGUCAAGCAAGGAGAAAGUGCAAGGAAGCACAGGGAAAGAAAGUGCAAAGAAGCACAGGGAAAGAAAGUGCAAAGAGCACAGGGAAUUAUGAGAAGUCGGUACUGUGUUAGUUGACUGUUAUAGUCUAGAUUAGGUAUCCAUAUCAUGACAUUGUCCAAUGUUUUUGUAAGGCCGAGUCGGUAUAUUUUUUUGGAUAAGGAUACUUGUGUUGAAUGUUUAUUUGAAGUUUAUUGCUUUUGUAUGGAAAA